UGUUAGUGAGCUCUUACUACUUCUAACAAAUGGCAACACAGUCCCACUACACGCAAGCAACCAUGCAUGUGUACGUGGAACAAAAACCAGAACUCACGUUCUCUUUCCUCCAUCAUCAUCACCUUCUUCUUCUUAUAACCAAACAUAGGUGAAGAGGUGCUACACUGUAACACUCACAUCUCCUCCAUAACUUGCAACACCAAUGUCUUCCACCGACAAGUCACCGGGCCCAACGCCGGCUAAGGGUUCAGAGCCAACUCCCGGCGCAGCCGUGAGCGUGACGCAGCAUGUGAUCGACAAGGGUGCAAUGAUGAUACAGUCACUGGAACCAGUCAAGGAAAUGAGCCAGCAUGUGUGCACCUUCGCCAUGUACAGCCAUGACAUGUCUCGCCAGAUUGAGACACACCACUACUGCUCCCACCUCACCGAUGAUUUCGUCCAGUGCGCCGUUUACGAUUCCGAUGAACCCAACGCUCGUCUCCUUGGUGUGGAGUACAUAAUAUCUGAUGAUAUCUUUGAAACUCUGUCUCCAGAGGAGCAGAAGCUUUGGCAUUCUCAUGCUUAUGAGAUAAAAGCAGGUCUUUGGGUGAAUCCUAGAGUUCCAGAGAUGAUUGGGAUGCCUGAGCUCAAAAGCCUUGCCAAAACUUAUGGCAAAUUCUGGUGUACAUGGCAGGCUGAUAGAGGGGAUAGGCUUCCUUUGGGUGCACCAGCCCUAAUGAUGUCUCCACAAGCUGUGAGCCCUGGGCUAGUGAGGCCAGACCUGCUGCAUGAGAGGGAUUCCAAGUACAAUAUUUCCUCAGAGAGCCUGAAAAGUUCAAGGUUGGAGAUUCCAGAGCCAGAGAUGAUUAGCCCAAUGGCAGACUAUUGGAAGCAACAUGGAAAAGGAUUUGCCAUUGACAUUGAAGAAACUCAGAUGAAACUCAGGGCACCUUUUCCUUGAAGAUAGCUAACUAUGUAAUCUAGAGUGAAUAAAUCAGAGUUGUAUGUAUCCAGUUAUAGAUUUGGGGGAAUAAGAUAAAUAAAUAACAUUUGAAGUGAUUGGCUGUCAGGUUACAUGUAUGUUCUCAAGCUGUAGUUAGACUUCAAUCUACAGAAAUUUGGAUUAAGUACAUUUUAUUUUGUUAUAUUCAAUCUACUCAUACGAUGUGCGAGUAAAAAUUCUUUACAGUUGUAGUUGUAGCUGGAGACUUGAGCUUGCUACUAAGCAUGCCUCUAACUGUAUAACGUUUAGCACUAGAGACUAGAGAGCUUAUUUAAUAGUUACAGAUA